AAUCAGCUGUUUUCUUGCCAUUGCUUAAAUCUUUGGCCAUUGCCUUAUUCAGCCAGCAGUCGAGAAGUCAUCGGAUCCAGUUCUAUUUCUCCGAUAAUAACUAUUAUUAUAAUUCGAAGAACAACUAAAACAUUGCAAAGUAACAUAAAGUAACUCAAUUGAAGACAACCAGUCAAUAAAUAAUAUCGUGCGAGAUUGAUAAUAAUUUUUCCACUUAUAAGACUAAUUCAAUUACACACACUUCGUUAAAAGAAAUAAAGAAAACCACAACGUCUUAAAGACAACAGCGAGGAAAACACAAACAAAAUAGAGUGACCAACCAAAGUGAAACACAUCCAUGAACAUAAAUAAAAACUAAACAAAAUAUUUCGUCAUUGUGCUAUUUUCGUCAAAAAGCGAGCGACGACAAUAAAUAGCAAAGAAAAUAAUACGCAUCAAACCGAGAGCUAUAGACUGAGCAGUGCGUCGAGAGAAAGAUAGAGGAGGGAUUACAUUGAUUUAGCACCACAUUAACAAGAAUUAAUAUACGAAUUACAUCUCAACGAAUAACAAACAAAUAACUCAUACCCUGGAAACCAUGGCGGCCCCACAAACAACAGCCAGAAUUGAUGGCAUCAAUGUGGACCAAGAGGUUCCUUCGGAAUUGGCUUUAGAUGUGGACGAUAUAAAACACUGCUUCGACAACUUGAUUGUAAUUGAUGCCGGAGCAAAUUUAACAAACAAAAAAUACAGCCGAGACUUGGACUCGGUUAUGCAAAGGGCCAAAGAUGCCGGCGUUCAAAAGAUUAUGGUGCCUGGCACUUCGGUCAAAUCAAGUAAGGAAGCCCUCAGACUUUCGCGCAUUUAUCCCGAUGUUAUUUACUCGACUGCUGGCAUUCAUCCCCACGACUCCAAAUCUAUAAUCGAGGAUCCUAGUAGCUGGUUUGAAUUCCAAGAAAUUGCAUCCUCUCAGGAAUGCGUUGCCAUAGGGCCAUGUGGUUUAGAUUACCAACGUGACUUUUCCGAACCGGAUGUACAAAAGGAAAUCUUCGAAAAGCAACUGCUCUUGGCGACAAGUUUAGGCAAAGCAAUUUUAAUACACGAACGUUCGGCACAACAAGAUGUCCUCGAUAUUUUAGACAAAUUCCAGAAUUUGCCACCGGUAAUAAUACGAAGUUUCAUGGGUACAGCUGAGGAAGCCAUUAAAUAUUUGGACAGAAGGUUCUACAUAAGCUUAACUGGUUAUUUAUGCAAGGACAAAUCAGAUACAGGUGUUCGUCGCCUUCUCGAUAACGGAACCUUACCUCUGGAUCGUUUAUUGGUAGAAACAGAUUCGCCUUUCAUGUAUCCCAACACUCGUGCCUCAAAACUGCCACAACAUGUCAAAACUGGAAUCACUGAACGCUCUCUAUUGUACUUACACAGAUAUUGUACAUUUCAACGCAAUGAACCAUGCAGUCUACCAGCCAUUGUCGAAAUGAUUGCCGCCUUUAUGAAGAAAUCCCCCGAUGAGGUAGCCUUGGCCACUUCGUUUAAUGCCUUGAAACUGUUUGGCCUCUCCUAAUAUCCCAAGGUAUCGAAGGCAACGAAAUGUGGUGUUGCAUGGGUUUCAAAUGUUUACCCACAACACAUGAUUUAGUGCCAAAAACACAAAACGCUAUUUGCCUAGCAAAAAAUUAAAAAAAAAAUGCAAAACUUCAAAAAGAAACAGGAAACGCAACUUAAAAGUGCCUUAUCGAAAAAAAAAAGAAUUGCAACUACCACAUUAAAUUUAUAAUUUAGUUAAGAACUGUAACGACGUCUUUACUGUUUGCUGAUUAGUCGCAGCUGACAUUGAGACGAUAAAAAGCCUAUAGGAUAAGUUAACAUGAGUGUUUGCAACACUGAAUGACAAACUCUAAGCGAAGUAUGCUAACAGCCUAAAGUUGGAGUUUGUCUUGAGUUGUUGUUAUUUUGUUAUAAACAAAUCGAAUUUUGUACUAACACAUAAACAUUUUAGUUAUAAGUCUGCAAUAUCAAAUGGCAGAGAAGAGAGAGUGAGAUUUGUUUUGAGUCAAAGACCAGACGUGGUCUAUUCGACUGCAAGCCCUCUACUCAAAGCUACUUUUUUACAUCUUAUUGUACACACGUCUAGUGUACGGUUGUGCUAAUUAAUUCACCUAAUACUCGUAUAUACGUAUAUACCAGCAAUAACCACAAUUGCAAACACACCACAAAUCCAAAGGAAACUGAAUUGCAAACUUCAAUCGAAGUUGAACCCCUACAUAUAAUCGCUAAUUAGCCACACAACACCAGCUGCAGCUAUGUUCAUUUCUAUUGUUUUCAUUUUUUCCUUUAUCAUGAAAUGCCAUUUUGGCACCACCUUAUUAUGUAAAUACUUUCUUGUAUUUGUUUUUUUAUUUUAGUUUUAGUUUUUUCAAAAAUUGUUAUUGUGUUCCCAUUAUGUACAUAUAGCAUAAUGGGGAAGGGGAAAGAAAAUGAAAUUCUAAAUGAAUAUGCCUUUAAGCAUGUACUUUAAGUGCUAUAUGCAACAUAUAAACAUUUCUAAAAUAUUUUUUAUAUAAAGAUUAUUAAUUAAUAAUAAAUGAUGAAUGUUUAAAACUAUUAAGAAAUGCAUGUGAAGCAUAUAAUCAAAGCCGAUUGUUAGUUGUAAGUCAUUCUCAUUGAUAUCAUGCCAAUCGCUUGGUAUAAAAUUGUGAUCAUUAUAACAUAAAGCUAUUUAUUUUUAUUUUUUCAUUUACAUAUUAUUUUAGCUAUUUUUGAAUAUUUUGUAUACAUCUACAAACAUCAAUCAAUAUACACACACACACAGACACAAUUACCAUAUUUGUCCUAAAGUGAAUUGAAGUGAAUGAAUAAAUUCCACUACAACACACAAUAAAAGUGCAUAUAUCUUUUGGA